GAACUGACGACUGACCGUGACUGAAAUCGCAAAGGGCUUCGAUCGAGUGUUGCAAUGUUUACUGAUCCCAGCAACCUAUGUUGGCCAGCACCAUGACAUGACCGUUUCGGCUGGUGGUUAAGCUGGCUGAUGCAUAACAUUCUUAAUGACAAAAAAGGUGGGGUUGUUGAUGUUCCUGGGACAGUGGAAAUACCUGCUGAGAUCACACUUAUGGGGGAGCCACUUGUUGCUGGCAUAGAUGCUACCUCUGCAGUUUCUCCAAAGACAGAUUAUCGGAAGUCUGCCAAUGGCUCGAGCUCCACUAACAUAGAACACAAGUCAGACAGCAGUCCGGGACCCAAAACACCUAUCAACAAAGUCCCAGAUGUAUCGGACCUUCCUCAAAAUGUCAGCAAGUCACGGACGUUGCGUUUUCACAAACUGUUCAAGUCCACACCAGUGGAGGAGUAUCCCAUUGAGUGUUUUUCCUGUGCAUUUAAAGGAGAUAUCUUGCUUCAGGGCCAGAUGUAUGUCUCACACAAUUGGAUUUGUUUCUACUCUAAAAUUAAAGCGAGAGGCAGGCUCAUUGAAAUUCCAUUGGAAAGAGUCAUAAGCAUCACGCGUGAGAAGUUGGCUCUCUUCAUUCCAAAUGCCAUAGGCAUUCAAACUGCGGACCAAAAGUAUGUGUUUGGGUCAUUUAUAUCCAGAGACUCGACGUACAAAAAACUUGUCACCUUGUGGAAACUCAAUCAUGAUUCGACUUCUGGCAAUGUCAGUUUGCCUGUCAAUUCUGGCACGUCCAUUUUGGGUCAUAACCGUAGUCCAGACACCUCUGAAAGUGACACAACCGAGGAUGACUUGAAUCCAUAUGAGGUACUUGACCGAGUCUUGGCCCCGUCAGUGACUGGAUGUAGCCGCCGAGUGGAAGUAGAAGUAAAUCGUCUACCAGAACCGAAGGGUUCGCCGUCAGACCGUACCCAACAGUGUUUGAACUGCAAGAGUGUUUUCCGGACCUUUUGUUCCUUUUCUUAUAAACUGCAAAAAGUACCUCGCACAAAUCUGCUGUUGGCAAUAUGCACUAUACUCGUGUUUUUCCUCAUGCUGUCUGCUAUGGGACUGACUUAUAAGAUCCUUGUGUUGCAAAGUCGAAUGGAAGUUGGAUCAUUUUUAGGUCCACAUGCUUCAGGAAGUUUCAGGGAUCGUGCCAUGGGCAACUUGUACUGGCUUCAGACUGAAACCCACGCUUCUGUCAUCCGACAGCUGCACAGUGUUCUGGAAUCUAACAUACAUCUGCUUGAAGAGGUUGAAGGUCUUCUCAAAGAUUUAUUCAGGGAACCAGGAAAGGCAAGGGCUGCAGCAAGUCAUCUGCCAGACCCAAAGUGACAGCCAGAUUUCAUGACAAGAAGUACUGAGUCUGUGUUGAUGGUGGCAGAGAGGAGAAAAUCAAAUUCACACACAAAACCAAAAUGCGGACCACUGUGCAAUGAUUGGCCUUGAUGUGAUAUAUUGUUGUAACUGCUGGCAUAAGCAGAAUGUAUGAUUUGCGAAAGAUAGGAUUCGCAAGUGACUAGAGACUGAGAAGGCUGUGUCUUUUAGACCAGAGAGUAGAGAUUGUGGUUGUAGAAAAAUGUAUAGAGUUGUUUUUUUUGUGGUAGAAGUAUGUGUAGAGAUUGUAGCUUUAGAAUUCUGUGGUGGCUUCAAGACCUUUGCUUGAAAAGGCUUAAAUGUUUAAGUACUAGCUUUUUUCUUGUAUUGAAUGUAUGAUUUGAUGAUCAUCUUUUGGAAAAGACAUCAGAGAAAGAUGUUUUAUUAAGCUGUUUAAACAGCCCUGCCAAAAAUUUGCUUCAUGCUGCCGACCAGAAUUUACAACACAUGAAGAGUUGUUUUUUUUAAUGGGUUUUUUUUUUUUUUACAUCUAGAAGUCUAUAUUAUUUAGAUAUAGGCAGGUGGAUAAAUCUGGGGUGUUUGAAAAUGCCCUGGUUUCUGGUCAGGUUGUAAUGUUGUGAAUGGUGUUCGGCAUGGAGUAAGACAAGAUUACCUCAUUUUUCAACUGGAAUUGUAUCAGAGAUAACGCCUCCCUAUCUUUGGUAUUCAAUAACAAGCCUAAUGGUGUCUCUAUGCAACGGGUACUUUCAGUCAAAUGUAUUGAUCAAGAACUCACUUUCUUGAGCUGCAAUGUUUGUUGGCUCGGAAAUUGUUCACCACUUCAAAUAACUUUCAAAUUAUGCCUGGGGCCAAAGACAUCUUUCCGCUUACCCAAAUUUAGGCACAGGACUGCUCUGUGCUCUGCUCCCUGUCAUAAUGCCAAGUGGUACAGUGGUCUGCGCUUAGCAUCCCUUACCUUCCAAACAUCCUGCUGUGGCCUUUGAUCCAGUAUUUUUAAUGAAACACUAUAGGAAGGGACUCUGUACUUGAAAUGCUGCAAGACACAGAAUAAACUAAUAAUAAUAUGUUCAGGCAAAUGUGAUAGAUUGGUCAUCAACAACUCUCUGCUUGUGUUGGCUUUAAUUUUACAGGGGUGCAAGUAGGUGGGGAAUAUUUUCUUUCCAGUAUGGGCCGUUUUCUUUGACACUGGUAUGAUUCCACUCACUCAAUGCCGUACACUUUUCUCAUUCUUUGGCUCAGGAAUCGUAAGCGCUCACUACUGUACAAGGCUUAGAGAUAUUUUAGCACACAAUUUGUUUUGCUAGUAUUUCUUGAAAUUUUUGUUUUGACUGUGAUGUAGUUCAGAUUAUGCCUUGAAAGCAUGAUGCAAAUGGCUAAUUUCUUGAGACCACAAAAACGCUUUAACUAAUCAUGAGUUACUUACAAGUCCCAAUAAUAUGUAGAUAGAGAAGUUGUGAGGUUACUCGUAAUGUAGCACAAUGUAUAUAGAGACUAUGUUUUUUUCUUAUGCUAAUGCUCAAGUAUGUUUUGUGUGAUCUUCACUGUCUUGGUGGGGUUAUUAACUGUAUUUGCUAGUUGAUUGAACCCUGAUAUUGUUUGAUAUUCAAACGUUUUCUGCACUAAUCAUGAGCUGAGAACUGAUCCUCACCUUGUUUAUGGUGCAUUAAUUACUUGUGUAUUUUUGUUUCAGUAAUAUUUCUUGGAUCACUGAGGUGGUUAGACCUUUGACUAUUUCCAAAAGUGCUGGACAUUUGGUUGUUGUUUCAAUUUGCUUCAAAACACAUUUUAUGGAAUUAUUGUUGCAGUAUGAAAACAUCAAGUAGGGACUUGAA